AUGAGCAGUGACAUUGAGCGACGAGCGCGAACGUGCAGCGUAUGUCGAAAGUACACAUACAGUCAACAGAGUGAACCCCUCCUGCUACAGCCAACGCCCAACCGACCGUGGCAUCGCGUAGGCAUAGACCUAUUUACAUUCGCUGGAGAACGCUACGUAGUUGUGUUUGACGCCCAUUCUAACUUUCCUGACGUCGAGAAACUCAGAGGUACCACGGCGGCGGAAGUAAUCGACAAGAUAUCUGCUAUCUUCUCGCGAUACGGCAUUCCCAACCAAGUUUGCACCGACAACGGGCCUCAAUUUGCAUCGCGAGAGUUCACGUCCUUCGUGCGCCGAUAUGACUUCGAGCAUAUCACCUCAAGUCCAGAGUUCCCACGAUCAAAUGGCUUAGCUGAAAAGGGGGUACAGAUCGUAAAGCGUAUUCUAAAGAAAACCCACGAGUCCCGGGGUGAUGUAUGGCUUGGUCUGUUGGCUUAUCGAUCUUCUCCCCUUGACAGCGGUCACUCACCCGGAGAACUACUGCAAGGUCGUCGCCUGCACGCCACUCUUCCAGAAUACAACGUCGACGGAGGCAUACCCGUAUGGAAACAGCGACAGUCUUCCCGAGGCAGGCCACUACCACCCUUGGAAGCCGGAAAUGUGGUCCGGAUCAAACAUGGAAGCUGGUCACGCCGAGCGAAAGUGGUACGAGAGACUGCACCACGAUCAUACGUGGUAAGAACGGAAGACCAUGGGCUCCUGAGACGGAACCGACAACACUUGCAGCGAACGGACGAAAACUUCAACGACAAGGUCAGCCCCGAGGGUAAUCCGAACCCCGACGCGAGACCCCCGACGAAGUUCAGUGAUGGACACCGCGGCAACAUCACGCCGGACAACCCACUGGGGUGUCACCAGGUGCAACCAGCUCAGACAGGAGAAGAUUACAGCGCCACCAUUUCUCCAGACACUCCAGGAAGCCCACUGGCUGGCCUGCGCAGAAAUAUGUGGAUUUAG